CUGAUCAAGACAGUUCCCAAUAUCAACAUGGUGCAACCCUGCAUAGCAGGCUGCUGCUUCGAAGACCCCACCAAGGAUCCAUCUGAUGGGAGCUCCUCGGGUGGGGGUGGUGGAGGGGGAGGGUCCACAAAUGGGGGCGACAGGGGGGACUCCAGUCAGCAGACGAACCCUUUUUCGUCUAUUUCUGCGUCCUCCUCGUCCACUAGCAGUCUUUUUGCCAGUAUUCUGAAGAGAAACAGCGGAAAUAGCAGCAGCAGAAACAAACAGUUUCUAAACUCCAAAAUAUCAGCUGUAGUGUUGUUUGAACGAGACCGUGCGACCAAUCAGAGCAAAAUAGUGGUAGUCAAGGCACCCCUGGGAAACCCGAACAACAUUAAAGAUACUAGCAGCAGUAGUAGUUCCCCCUUCUCGCCCCUGUGGGGGGACAUGGACAACGAUGACUCGGACGACGGCGACUGUCUGACUGCCAAUGAGUUCCUGAAGAGGAGCAUGAGUGACCAGUCGGCGGCUGCUGCAGCUGCUGCCAUGCCAGGCACCACCGCACCCAUCGGUCUACGGGAGUACUUCUUCUCGACUGAGUUCAAGAAGAGUCAGAGUACUAUUCGAGUGUUUGACCAUCUGCUGGUGGCCACAUUCAGACACGAGGAGAAGGCACAGACGGAGUUGCAGCUGCAUCACAUUUUGGAUUGUGGCCACAGACUCAGAGAGUGGAAGCGCUGGACUGUGCCAGAACAGGUACUGGUACUUAUACGAGGAGUCUGCCCUACACAUCAUAUCCAACACAUAAUGGUCCAACUGAGGUGGACAGUGCAGUCUGUGAACAACUCUACGAGUAGUUUUGCUGGUGGGAGUCAAGGGAGUUCAACGGGAGGCGGAGGUAGUCAGAUGCGGAAGAUGAGCAAGAGUCCCAGCUGUAUCUGGCAGCUCAACAUAUACCACAUUAUCACCG